AUGAGUAACUGGACUUCCCCGAUCACCUCGAUUGCGAAUGUCACACAGUUCACGAAUGUUACGGCACAGGGAAAUUGGAACCUCUUACAUCACCUCGGGGGUCAUGGUCCGUGGAUCCCCAAGGUCGAUGGAGUCGUCGAGGGUGGAUUCGGUCCACCUGAAGGCUGCAGGGUUGAACAGGUCCACAUGAUGGCAAGACACCAUGAAAGAUAUCCCACAAUAGGGACGCAUUCUCGUAUGGUCUCUCUCCACAACCACCUUCGAACACUAGACUUUGACCUCGAGGGCGACCUGGCCUUUUUCAAAAAUUGGACUUACUUCAUGCCCAAUACCCAAGAUACUGGCCAACUCAUCCCUACAGGACCAUAUGCUGGUACACUCGGUGCCUUUAAGGCAGGCGUCGACCUCCGAACCCGUUACCCAGAUCUCCGCACUACAGCGAUUACUCACAAUCAGACCAACUUCUGGGCCGCUGGCUCACAUCGCGUGAUCGAGACUGCAAAAUUCUUUGCCAGCGGUUUCUGGGGCCUGAAUUGGGAACCCGAGCUUGCAAACUUGCACGUCAUACCAGAAUCUUCAAAACGAGGUGCCGAUACUUUGACGACAGGCUCAACUUGCAAAGCAGCCCGGAAGCCCGAAAACCAUCACGGGGUGCCAGAUGGUCCUCAUGCAUCUGAAGAGUGGAUGAAGCUCUUUAUGCCAGCUAUUAUACAACGUCUAAGUCAACAGAACCCGGGCCUGAAGCUGAAUUUCCACGAUAUCCGUGCCAUGGAAAGUUUCUGCGGCUUUGAUUUGAUGGUUCGAGGAAGCAGUCCUUGGUGUAAUGUCUUUACCCACGAUGAGUGGCGGGAUCUGGAGUACGCUAGGGAUCUCUCGCAAUACUACCGCCACGGACCUGGGAAUAAGUACAGCGCAGCGCGUGGCUUCCCUUUUCUGAACGCUACCACCAAUCUCCUCUCGGCUGGCACAUCAAAUGGAUCUCUGUUUUUGAGCUUUGCGCAUGACAAUAAUGUUCUUGAUUUGCUAUCUGCUCUGGACCUAUUUCCAAUAUCUGGAGAGCUACCGACGGAUCAUGCACCAGAAGACAGAAGUUGGAAGACAUCGUCACUCAUCCCCAUGGGUAGUAGAGUCGUUUUUGAGCGUAUGGUAUGUCCGCAGGUGUUCUGCCAUUCAAACGCUCCAUUGUAUCCUAAUCAUAUCUACUGCGAUCCGCCACACGAUGAGCCCUAUGUCCGUAUCGUGAUCAACGAUGGAGUGGUGGCUACCCCUGAUUGUGACGAUGGUCCAGGAAAAAGUUGCCCCUUGGCUAGUUUUGAGAGAAGGGUCAUGUUGAAAGGAUGGGAAGUUGGUGACUUCGGUCGCGUUUGCGAGUUGGAGGAGGGUGCGCCCAACAAGAUCACCUUCUUACAUCAGUGA